AUGUCCGCUCUCUGUUACUUUGCCAUCGCGGAAGACCUCGAGGAUUUCAUUCUCAAGUGGAUGACAGUAGAAAUCGACGCCAGUUCCGCUGCUUCGAAUGAGCGGCAACCGCACCAAUGGCGGGGUGCUCUGCUUCGCGAACUCAUGAUAGCUCAAGCCUUCCACGCGGGGGGCCGCAGCUUGGACAUUGCUCUGAACACCCUUUUCCGUGCUAGUGAUCUUAGGGAGCAGAGCAGCUCAUCCUCGUCUGCCCGGCACUUAAGCUUGUUCCCAGCAGUCGUGCAAUUGAGCAACCUGUUGAAGACUGGCAAUUGGUUUCGCACAGACCCACGGCUGUUCGAGCGCCUGCAGUCAAUGAAUAUCUCAGAGAUGGAAAAGAGAAAGGAACAGAAAGGACUAGAUGCUGCAUGGUCUAUCGCCAGUCUGGCGCUUUAUCACCCCAAGCAGCCAGAUGCAAAGCUUGCUGUCAAGUAUCUGCAAGAGCGGGAGCGACAACGCGGGUCAGCGCCAUCUGCGAAGCUCGCCAGAAAUGCGUACAAGACGUUCUUGUUACGGACCAGAGCAGUGGCUGCCACAAAUAACGAGCACGAAAACGCUGCCUGGGUGAUUCAGGAGUACGAGCGACUAUUUGGAGAAAGUAUUCCGCCUCGCAAUCGCCUCGCAAUCGCCGUAAGAUAA